AUGAGAUUGUCUAACCUUACUCUUCACAUUCGCGCGUGUGCUAUACCGCCACCCCCUCUCCGCGCCACCUCCGACUUUCAGCGCGUGCGCGUCCCUUUUCAGGUUUUGUUAUUUUUUUUUGGGGCACCAGGGUUCUUAAACGUGCGGCCUGCGAGGCAACGGAGUUUAAAGGCUAUGACCCGUUUCGCAGAGAAGAUCCGCCUUUCUUCCCUGGUCGUCAAACCGACCCGUUUUCUCUCUCAGAAGCUUACUCUCCUCUCUCUCUCCACCUUCCAUCUCUGCAAGACCCUUGUUCGCUCUGUACUCAACAAAACCCUCUCCUUCCUCACCAUGGACAGUUUAUUCACCGAUCACGACGAUUACUUCUGGGACCUCGAUUCCCGUCCCCAACGUCGCUUCGGCCGAGAAGAAGAGCCUCAAUUGGAGAAUGAGCCCCUCUACUUGGUUCUUUACUGGUGGUGGAAGGAAGUACAAGGGGAUGCUGAUCGAGGAGAACAUGUCCUAUACACUGUAUCAACGAACUCUGAUUUCGAGUCUGACUCAGAAAUUGUGCUUCAGUUAAGGAAGGAAGACAACCAGAACGAAACUAUGAAUAGUGAGGUGGGAUCUUCAGGCCGUCAAUAUGCGUUGGUUCCUGAAGGUUUGUGGUUGCGUGCUCUUAAAAGGUGUAAUGAUUACGAUAAUGCAGUGAAGGAUUUUGGGAGCCUCUGCUAUACAGAUGAUUGUUCGCCAGAUUUGUUCUCCUUGCAAGUUAGGAUAUUUGUUUCAUGGGAAACAAAUUCUUUGGUAGCAAAGAUAAGCCAAAAGGAAAAUAUGGUUGAUGUCUACAUGAAAGCCGGCAAUAUUUUCAGCUCUGAAUAUAAGCCAGUACACAUUUUGGACUUCUCCGGCCAGACAACACAAUUUUUCAUAGACGAUAACGAGUAUUCUGGGCAACUUGAAAAAGGGGUUCUCCUGGAGCUGCAAGUUUAUGGACUUUCUGAUUCUAUAACGAUUAAUGGAAGCAAUGAGAUGUUUGUAGAUAGAUAUACAGUUGGAUGUUCGUCUCACAGUGGCACUGUUAUGAUGAAUGGGACCACUCACAAUGUGAAUUCCAAUGUAACAGCUAUCAAUUCUUUUCGAAGGAGUAGCUAUAAAGCUGUUGGUUCUUUGGGCUUGACAGGAUUACAAAAUCUUGGAAACACUUGUUUUAUGAAUAGCGCCAUUCAAUGUCUGGUUCACACCCCCAAGCUUGUUGACUAUUUUCUGGGAGAUUACCGGAAAGAAAUAAAUUAUGAAAAUCCCUUGGGAAUGAAUGGAGAACUUGCUUUAGCUUUUGGGGAUUUACUUAGAAAGUUGUGGUUUCCUGGAGUGAGGCCUGUGGCACCAAGAAUGUUCAAGAUGAAGCUUGCUAAUUUUGCUCCUCAGUUUAGCGGUUAUAACCAGCAUGAUUCUCAAGAACUUCUUGCUUUUUUGUUGGAUGGACUCCAUGAAGACCUUAAUCGUGUAAAACGCAAACCAUAUCAUGAAGUUAAGGAUGAAGAUGGCCGUCCAGAUGAAGAAGUGGCGGAAGAAUAUUGGCGUAAUCACCUUGCUCGCAAUGACUCCAUAAUAGUUGAUUUGUGCCAAGGUCAAUUCCGUUCAACAUUGGUCUGCCCUGUUUGCAAGAAGGUUUCUAUCACUUUUGACCCUUUUAUGCACCUAUCUUUGCCAUUACCUUCUACUACAAUGCGGACGAUCACUUUGACUGUCCUGAGCACUGAUGGGAGUGCUCUGCCUUCCGCAUUUACCAUAACAUUACCCAAGAGUGGCUUACUGAAGGAUCUUAUUAAGGCCUUGGGUGAUGCAUGUUCCUUAAGAGAUGAUGAGACCCUCUUGAUAGCCGAGAUAUACAGGAAUCGCAUCUGUCGUCUGUUGGAGGAACCAUCUGAUUCGUUAGCCUUGAUUAGAGAUGACGACAAACUAGUUGCUUAUCGACUGCCAAAAGAUGAGGCUGGCCCCUUGGUUGUUUUCAUGCAUCAGCAGGUGACGAAGCAGUGCAGUUUGGGGAGGGAGAGGUUGGUAGAGAGUUUGUUUGGCAUUCCUAUUGUGGCAAGGUUGCCCAAUGUUUCCUGUGGAUAUGACAUUCGUAGGGAGUUUCUGAAGUUAAUUAAUCCGUUUCUGAUGCCCUCUGAAGAUUUCUUAGAUGAGCAUGAUGAUGAUAUUGAAGUUAGUAAAGAUAAUGAGUUGAGCGAUGCCACUAGCUCUACGUGCUUGGAAGGUGAUUCGGAUUCAGAUUUGGAGGCUGACUUUAAAUUCUACCUAAAUGCACCGGUAGGGACAGAUAAUGGGGAGAUAAAAAUGAAUAAACCAUUACCAUUCACACUGCUACCCAAAAAGCUGGAGGUUGCUGUCCUAUGGUCAGAUAAGAUGAUAGAGAGAUAUGAUACAUGCCUACUCAGCUCGUUGCCUGAGGUUUUCAAGCCACAGUUAUUCAGUAAGAGAACACAAGAAUCUGUUUCUGUUUACAGGUGCCUUGAAGCAUUCUUAAAAGAGGAGCCUCUUGGGCCAGAUGACAUGUGGUUCUGUCCUAAGUGCAAAAAGCCUCAGCAAGCGACUAAAAAACUAGAUCUUUGGAGAUUACCUGAAAUUCUUGUUGUUCAUUUGAAGAGGUUUUCAUUCAGCAGAUACUUUAAGAACAAGCUAGAAACAUUCGUCGAUUUCCCAAUCAAUGAUUUGGACCUGUCAACUUAUGUUGCCCACAAGAAUAGCCCGUCUUCUCCACAUUACGAGUUGUAUGCAAUCAGCUGUCAUUAUGGAGGCUUGGGAGGAGGUCAUUAUACAGCAUUGGUUCGUUAUGGACAUGAUAAAUGGUACGAGUUUGAUGAUAGCAGGGUUGUCCCUGCCAGUGAGGACAUGGUAAAGACUUCUGCUGCUUACGUUCUUUUCUACAGAAAAGUUUAGAGCCCAUUGGGUUGUGAUUCACCGAGUGUACAGGGAAGAAAGAAGGAUCUAGUCUCGUAAAUACCUUAGAAACCACAGGGGAAUGAGUAGUAGGUCUUGAGGAGUUUCUCCAUUUAUUGUUGAGAUGAUUGGUCAUUACAUUUCUUGCUACCAUGUAUGUAAACACCAAUCCCUUUGAAAUAUGAACCAAUCUUUUUCGAAACAGAUCCUGAAAGAGCAAUAGUUAAACAGGAUCUCCCCUCCCCCCCCACAAAAAAAAAGGGGGGGGGACUUUUGAUUGAUUUUUUGUUUUUGUUUGGACAAUUUAGCUCAUUUCCCCUCAUAGGUAAUAGAACUCUCACACAUAAUGCGCACAUCCGCCUUCUCUUCUAACUUGGGAUGUACGAUCCAUAAUUCCUGUCUUUUCAUAGAGAUGUCAUUUAAACUUCAAAUAAACUCUUGACAAACCUUGAUUGUAUUUGUUAGCCUAAAUAAUCUUAAUUGUUUUCUAUCUUUA